CAUCCAUUGUACAUCAAUUAGCAAUUAAUUGCAGUUUAGAGCAAGCGAGCUGUUUAAUUAGUGAUCGAUGGCGGCUAAUUCCAACGACAACCUGGCCUCCGAGGUGAGCACCAUCCUCGCCAAGCUCAACGACGAGGCCAAGGAGAGCAGCAGCAUCAUCACGCUGGCCGGGGAGAACAACGGCGCCACCAUGGAGGUGGCCGGCGACGUGGAGGACCUCGUCGUGGUGGAGGCCGGCGGCGAGGACGAGGAGGAAAGCGUGGUGAGCGCCUACACCAACAGCAACUACCAGGCGGUCAACAACUCGGUGCUCGUCGCCGGCAGCUGCGCCGUCAAGGACCCCGGCGUCCACGUCGUCAUCGUCGAGCACGUCGACGAGAUUCGCGACUACGACGACGACGACGUCCGGGAGGAAGCAGCCAACUGAACUGAUCACCAAAACUUACUAGACGUAUACUUAAUAUCGAUAUUAAUUGGAUCAAACAGACGAUGAUCCAUCCAUCACCACCUGCAUCAGAAAUCGGUAUAUAUACAUACACAUGAUCAGCAGCUCGAUCGAUAUAUAUGUAUGUUAAUGUGCAUGUUCCUUCGACGAUAUAUUUCCUCUCCCUUUGUUUUUUUUUUCAUUUACAAGAUUUCGUAGUCAUAUAUAUGUAUUUGUCCUUGUUGUUGUAGUUGUGAUGUUAUAUUCAUACAUGUUUCUUUUAUACAUGUAAGUUGGUUUGUAUUAUAUGUUUUCUUCCCAAUAAAAUCUUGU